UUCUUGAUUCCAGUCCAUGAUGGAGGUAAAGUUUGACAAACGUAUAUUUGAGGGUCUAACUGCCCUAGGACUAAAUAAGCUACAGUUUGCUAUUGUCAGACUAGAAUCUUGCAAUGGGACGGAAAGUAUUUCAUUUUCAGAAGUCUCUUGUGGAUACGAAGUGUUAAGGGACAAAAUAAAACGACGACCCUGUUUCUUCCCGUUUACAUCAAUCUUCAAAGACGGAGUUUCUUUCUUGCAAAAUUUGGAAAAAGCAAGCAGCGAUGACUUUAAAAACAUGGAAUGUGACAUGAAAGAUGCUGCUUUACGCCUUAAUGCAUUUUACAAAGCUAAAGAGUGUAAUGAAACCUGUCUGAAAAAAGUCUUUGACAUCAGACUAAAGAGUGAGGAAAUGGCAGUUACAGAGACAGAUAUAAGCAUUACACUUGCAGAGCACUUGCUAGGAAAGUUAGCUCCUGGGGAGUCCUACAAAAUUGAUAAUAAAGCAAGGGAAAGGAAGAAUUGCAGGUGUGGAUGUAAAGUGACACCUGUAUUUGGUGGAACAGGAAUAGGUAUGAAAAAAACAGUUAUGAAGAUAUCCUAUUAG